AUGGACGCCAUCGUUACCCAGAUUUGUGUUCUGGCCCAGUCGGCUGACGAAGCCACUCGAUUGGACAUUCAGAAAGCUUUGCGCCAAGUCCAACUGGACCUCCAGGACCCAAAGGAAGUUCUUAUGCACCUUGCAAAUUCAACCCUCCUCGGCCCCGUCAUUCGCAUCGGUAUAGACCUGAAGUUAUUCCGUACGAUUGCCACGGCACAAAAGCCAUUGACGGUCGUUCAACUCGCUGAUAUCACUGGAGCAUCCGCCGGUCUACUUGAGAGGCUUGUCCGCUAUCUGGCCUCGAACAACGUGGUGAAAGAAGUAGGGCCAAAUGAAUAUGCAGCAAGCAACCUUACACUCAUUUUCGCUAGCGAAAAUGGAGAAGCAAUGAUAUCCCAUAGCUUUGACUUCCAUGCUCUUCACAUCCAAGUAAUGCCGGAAUACUUCAAGGAGACCAACUACCAGGAUAUUACGAGCACCAAAUAUACUCCAUUCCACAAGGCAUUUAAUACAAAUCUCAAUUCCUUCGAUUGGCUUGUCCAGCAUCCCGAGCAUUUCUGGACUGAGGGAUUCGAACUUUUCGACUCCGAGGCAAAGCAGAUUCCUUCCACUCCCGCUGAGCAAUCAGAUAAAAUCUUCUUCGUGGACGUCGGAGGUGGUAAUGGUCAUCAGAGCAUUCAGCUGGGGCGCAAAUACCCCAACCUUCUCGGACGUCUGGUUUUGCAGGACCUUCCCGCUGUCGUUGGGCCUUUGUCUCCAAUUGAGGGGGUUAAAAUCGAAGCAUACAGCUUUUUCGAAAAACAACAUAUCGUGGGUGCUAAAUUCUACUAUCUCCGUCGCAUCAUGCACGACUGGCCAGAUCAAGACGCCACUAAGAUUCUCCAAAACAUUGCAGUGGCAAUGACAUCCCACUCUCGCAUUCUCAUUGAUGAUGCCGUUCUACCCGAUACUGGGGCUGCGUGGCAGGUCACUAUGGCUGACCUGGCUUUGAUGAACAGUUGUGGUGGUGUGGAGAGAACGAAGAGACGGUGGGAAUCACUUGCAGACGGUGCGGGUCUGAAAAUUGAACAGAUUCAUUCUUACGUCGCGUCGACCUACACUUCGGUGGUGGUCCUGGCUUUUAAAUGA